AUGGAGCCGCACGUGUUUUGCGGCCCCGAGUUCAUUCUUGAGGUACCACCCCAGAGUGUCUCCCACGUGCUGGAGAGUGCGCAAGAGGCAGCGGUAGCGGUGGUAGCACCGGCACCGGUCGAGCCCUCCGCGCCCCCUACUUCUGCGGAAUCAGAUCGGCCAGACAACACAACCAGCCACGCCAGCAGUGGAACCGGCGGGGCUGCGUCACACGGUUGGGCUGUGCGACCAUCAGCCCUGCUACGCAUCCAAAAUGAGCUUUACGGCGUUUGCACAGCCGAGGUGCGUCGACAUGUGCACGCCAACAGGGAGCUCGCCGCGUGCAUGAAGGCAGAUGUGCGGCGAGGCAUGGAAAUGGUGUCGCGGCGCAUGGCCCACUUCGGCCGCAUUGUCCUUCCUGCAAGCUAUGGCGGCACCAGUGGCAGUGGCGUGCCGCCCCCUCCGGCCGAGCUGGCCUUUGUGCAGGUGAAGCCGACAACGACGCUCGGCCCGGAGGAGGUAGCAUCGAUGCAGCAGUCGGUGCGCGUGGCGGGCGCGUCCUCCUCUUCGGCCACUGCAGCCGCUUCCGCUGCUGCCGGGCCAUCCUCACCAUCAGCGCCAUCGACUUCCUCCGCUAACACGUACCUGCUGCUCUGCGUAACGGACUCGCGCGUCGCCGCGCAGCUGCACAUGCUGUGCCUCCGCAACGCCUACAUUGCUCUGCCCCAUGCCUGCCGCCUGCUUAACUACUUUGUCUCCACUGGUCGCGCCGCCGCCAUCGUGCCAAGCCAAGUGCUGCAGAAGCGGGAGCUGCUCAGGUCGCACCUCAACUUCGAUGCUGAGCUGUGGGGUGUGCUGGAGUCGAGGCUGACAGAUGAGCUGGUGGAGCAGGUGCGAAGCGCUGGCGCCGCGCCAAAUGGCGGCCGACUCCUCACGGCUUUCGAGCAGCACGAGCAGAACGUGAAGGCGGUGCUACGCUACUGCGAGCAGAACGUGCGCUACGCAGGUGUCUUUGACGACAGCGAGGAGGCGAGCCCGUUUCUGCUGGCGAUGGGGCUCUGCUGGCGACUCGGGCUCACGAUGGACGACGUAUGCCGGCACUUUGCGCGUCACCCUCGCCGCGUCGUUCGCGCCUUGGCGCUCUACCUCGCCCGCUACACCCUCGCGCCGGAGGACUACGUGUACUUCUUUACACCGUCUCUCUGCGAUGAGGUGAUUAUUGCCUGCACCGAAGAUGCUCAGGUCACAUUCUCGAUGAAGGACUUGAGCCGGCAGCUGCUCACGAAGAAGGACGUCGUGGAUGCGUGGCUGCCAAUUUUGUCGAAACGCUGGCAAGAAGAUGUGGUGUUGCCGGCUAUGGCGUUCAUGGAGACCUGCUGGAAGCUGCAAGCCCAAGGCGGCCGCGGCGAGGCUGACACGGCUGCUGCGUCACAAGAUGCAACCACAGGAGCUUCACAGCUGUUCAAGGAGGCCGACGGGAUUGCCAGGGGCGGGCCGGAGCGCGUGCAUGGCGAAGGCCGCGGCAUCGCUGCCACCUUUGGAUUUCGCAGUAUUACCGAGAUUGCCGACCACGCCGCGCAGCACGCGCGUGUGCUGGUGCCGCAGAGCAUCGCGACGAUACUGAAACGGCGCCGCGGCCUAGAAGAGGAGGUCUUUGGUGGUGGUGGUGGUGGCCGAGGUGGAGACAACGACGAUGCUGUGGACGUCCUCGGCGAUGACUACGAUAACGACGACUUCCUCAUCCAUGUCGACGUGCGCGGCGGUGACGAGACUGGCGAUGCUGAGGGGUCUGGCACCAUGGAAGUUCAGCGCAACGGUGGUAGCAACAGACUUGCCUUUCCCUUCACGAAGCGUGCGCGAACCGAUGAGGGCAAGGAUCGCAGUGGCGUCGUGCUCGAUCCGCAUCGGCGCAUUAUGCGGGAAGGGCUAAAGCUGACGCUGUCCUUGCUUGGCCGCCGCACUCUUUUCAGGAAGGAUGAUGAGCACUACAUCGAGUUCUGA